AUGAUACUGCGCCGAUUGUUCUUUUAUAUUCUUUUAGUGUUCUCAAGGACGACGUUUUGCGAGGAUUACGAGAAUUAUGAUUAUGAUUGGCUCACCGAUAAGCCUUUUGCGACGACGCCAACCACCAAAAAACCGCCGGAAGACGAUGACAUAAUUGUUGAUCGUUUGGAUGAUCGCGAGGUGGUCAAUAAUGAGAUCAAAGGCGGAUUUUCAAACAAGAAAAGUUUCACGUGUCCCAAAGUCAAGAAUUUCCUGCAUACAGGUUCGACAGUGUCUCGCAUCACGCCGGAAGACAUCUCAAUCGUCGCCGCCAUGGGCGACUCAUUGGCGUCGGGCCGAGGACUCUGGCCAUUCACGGACGUCGAGUUUCGUGGCGCAGCUUUUCCUAUUGGCGGCGACGCCAAUAUGGACGGUCUCGUCACGUUUCCCAACAUUUUGUCGCAAUUCACGAGCCGAUUAGACGGCAUCUCGCACGGAAUGGGAUCCAGAGAUCAGUUGCCCGAUUAUCAGUUGAAUGUGGCCGAGUUUGGCGCGGAGACCGAAGAUCUGCCAUAUCAGGCCCGCGAGCUUGUCCGCAGAAUCAAUCGUCAUAUCAAAAAAGAGAUCAAACAUCGCUGGGCGCUGAUUUUCAUAGCGACUGGCUCUGAAGAGUUCUGCGAGAAAUGCGAGCCGCCGAAUAGGGCGUCGCUUCGAAAAUCGUUGGGAAUUCUCCGCAAAGGCGCUCCCAGAUCAUUGGUGGUCCUGCUUGGACCGAUCCACGUGGCGUCAACUUAUAGCCAAAAUAUCAAUAUAAUGAGACCGCGAUGCAAGUGUCUCGAGAAAAUGUCGGGAAAAGAGUAUCGGAAAUUGUUCAGCGUUUGGCGAAGCGCAUUCAUCGGCGUCGAGGAAGAAUUCAAUCGGAUGAAUCAGACGACGUUCGGCGUUCUCGCGAUUCCGUCAUUGGCGAUUCACUCGAGAAAACCGCAAUCGCUAUUGGUGCCUGGAAAGCCGCUAUUGAAUAGAAAAGGGCACUCUUAUGCGGCCAAAUGGCUAUGGAAUCGUCUAAUCGCUGGCCCUCAAUACAAUAUUUCGAAUAUUGCACUGUCCGAAGACUCGUAUUAUUGUCCAUCAGCGGGCUGCCCUUACUUUCGAACCGUGCAAAACUUCAAAAAUUGCCAAUUAAUUACACUGGAAGAAUGGGAGCAGAUGAUCGCGACGACGCUGCCUCCAAAAUUGGGAGUUGAAGCGAGGAAGGAGACGAUCAGAAGGAAUCUCGCUGGCGUCAUCGCCAUCAUUUUCGCGCUCUCAUGUGUUUCAGUAUUGGGAUUUGGCACAUAUUUCUAUUGUCACGGCAAACGAGCGACGAAGGGUCGAUUCGAUUACGGGAAGCAGGAGGAUGAGGUGGAGGAUGCAAAAGCCGCUGAAAUCGUUGAAGAAUAA